AUGAUUAAGAAGAAAGAUCCUCGAGAGACAAGGAAACCUGGUGGUGAGCAAGAGGAGGAGCAUAAUAUUUCAGAAUCAUCUUUGGGACUUGUUCAUAUUGUCCCAGGUGCUGAUCUUAGCAGCUUUUCUGAGUCAUUCUGGGACACAGGCAAAGUUUCAUCAGCAUCAGGAAACAAAAUGUCACAGCGUUCAGCAUUCCUGAAUGAAACUUCAAGAAAUCGAGAUGACAAUGCCAGCCCUCUCCUGUCUGACAUCACUCCUAGUUCCAUGUACUUGCGAGAAGUUAAUGGGCCAAUUGGAGAGGAAGCAAAAUCUAUCAGUGUCUAUUUAAGAGAAAAAUCAGGUCCUCUGGGAACUUUGGAAGGCCUCUGUGAUCGACCAUUCUUUGGAAUUCCUGGAAUUCAACCUGAACAGUCUUCUGUCACUUUGAAAACACCAGAUUGGAUAAGCAAAUCAAAACAUGCCACUUCAUCUCUUCACAUGGUGCAGGAAACAGCUGAAAAUGAGGCCUCCUUCCAUGCUGCUGGAGCAGAUGCCUCUUUUUUCAUUCAUUCAGAGAAGGAUGAUGUUGAAGAUGAUUCCACUCUCCCUGCCCAUGGAAUAGACACCAUUGCAGAGAUUCUUGGGAAUAUAUCUAUGAGUGACAAUUCCAUUGCAUUGGGUGACAAACUGAUGAAAGAACUGCGGAGGAAGAAGGGCAAGGCUGAUUCAGGACUGUGGACAGUGGACUCACUCUAUCUGAAGCCUGGUUCUGAUAGCAAUGACAGUUCCACUGCAGUGGAAGAUUGGCUUACUCCUGCAUUCAUGGAAUCUGAUAGUUGUCCUCGUAGAGAUUCUUCUCCAACUCCAAUGAAGAUAAAUUUGCCUAAAAAUCCCAAUCAAAAACAGGACACUAUUGAACCAGCUAAGAAAGUAUUGCAGUUUGAUGGCAGUCAAUUUGUUGACAAUACAGAGACUAAUGAAGAUAGGCCAAUGACACCCAUGCUGGAAUGUGACAAGAAUAUGAGACAUGUAUCAACUCCUCACACAACAGCAUCUCUUGAUGAAACUCUCAAUGUCAUCACAGCCCUCAGUAGUGCCACAAACACUUGA